AUGAGACUGAAUGGACAUUCAGCUGGUGUUUUAGAUAUAUGUUUUGAUGAUAGAAAUAUUGUAUCAUGUUCAAAAGAUAGCACAAUCAAAGUAUGGAAUGUUAUUACUGGAGAAUUAAAGAGGACAUUACAUGGCCAUCUUGGUCCUGUGAAUGCUGUACAACUUAAAGAUAGCAGAAUCAUAUCAGCUUCAGGUGAUGCAUUAAUAAAAUUAUGGGAUUUAAAUACUGGUGAAUGUAUAAGAGAUUUUGUUGGUCAUACACGUGGACUGGCAUGUGUACAGUUUGAUGGUAGGUGGGUGGUGUCAGGAUCAAAUGACAGAACCAUCAAAAUAUGGGAUGUGGAAACUGCUCAGUGCAUACGCACACUUAAGGGCCAUACUGAUCUGGUGAGAACAUUACAUUUUGAUGAGAAUAAGAUAGUCAGUGGAAGUUAUGACCAAACUGUUAAAGUAUGGGAUCUUAAAACUGGCAAACAAUUAUUGGAUUUUCAUGAAGGUCAUACCAGUUGGGUGUUUGAUGUACAAUUCAACAGAACCAGAAUUGUUAGCACUAACUCGGAAAGUGAAAAUUCACAAAGCGAUUGUGAGAACGAUGAAAUUGAUUCAAACAAUUCCAUUGAGAAUAAUAAUAACUACAACGGUAAUAAUAAUGAGGACAUCAAGCAUAAAUAUUCUACGCAAACAAAGCAAGCUUACAGGGAAAAGCUUGCGGUGGAUCCAUCAUAUGUUCCUAGAUUUGGAGAUUUUUGGUUUAUAAAAAUUGUUAACAUUAAAGAAUCAUCAUCGCUUUUAAUACAAAAUAUUAUUAAUGUAAAGCACACAGUAAUAAUAAUAUCAAAUAGGAAUAAAGGGUGGGGACUCAAAAAUCCCUCAACAGAAGGUCAAUGGGGUUCAUGA